UAGGAAAUCUGUGGUCCGGUUUUGUGUCCUGGGAAUCUGAUUGAACCUGGAAAUAGCAGAUUGCUUAGUUAUUUUGUUUCUAUAUUUAAGGAAUUAGUUUAUUUUUGGGUUUACAAUAUAGGGUUGAGAAUAAAACUCUGAUUUCAUAACCAGAGAAAGUAACAACACCAAUUUUGAAAAGUUGCAAAAUUUGUUUUCUAGUUGAUAUAUUUCAAAAGAAAAUGUGAAAACUGUUCUUGACAAAUUAUCAUCAUAAGGAGAGGAUUAUCAAGGGCUCUAAAGCAAAGAGCCUUUCAUAAUCUUUUGCAACCUUCUUCUUCUUCUUCUUCUUCUUCUUCUUCUUCUUUCUUGAGUUUAUUCAAAUAUAGAAUCAAUGCCAAAGAACAAGAAAACAGAAUGGCAAGUAGGAGAUCCUCCCAUAAGCGUAGUAGGCGACCAAUUCUGUAAUCCAUACCCAAUGGAACUAAUGGUGAAGAGGAAAGUUAUAAACUUCUCAAAAGAUCAUUACCAAGUGGUUGAUCCUAGUGGGAAUAUCCUCCUGCAAAUUGAUGGACAAGCUUGGGGGUUUAACCGUAAAAGGGUUAUGCGUGAUCCUGCUGGUUUCAUAGUCCUCACAAUGCGCCAAAAGGGGAUUAGGUUGAAGAGGAAAUGGGAAGUGCAUGGAGGAGAGAGCAAAGAUAAAGAAGACUUGCUGUUCACGGUACAGCAAUCUUCAGCCAUGUCGUUGAAAACAUCAGUGGAUGUUUUCUUGGCUGAGAAUAGUAACAUCAAGAAGAGCAGUGCUUGUGAUUUUCAUGCUUCAGGUGGAUACUCAAAUAUCUCAUUCAAAGUUUUCAAAUCUGAUGCUCUCAUCGCCGGGGUAGGGGUUACGCAUAAGUUUACAUGGGGAAGUUACUGCAAAGGGAAAUACAACUUUAGUGUUAGUGUAAAUCCAGAAGUGGAUUAUGCUUUUAUCAUUGCUUUGCUUGUUAUGGUCGAUGACAUUGAGAAUUUGUGUUAAAGAGUAUCUGCUUACUAUAUUAUAUUGUCUGAACGAACACUUAUUAUUAUAUGUAAAUAAAUAGAAGCAAAUCUCCAUAGAAGUAAUGAGAAGCAGAGCAAAUGUAGUCUUUUGAUAUCAAACAAACCAAUUUUGAACAAACCUCUUAAGAAACUCAUAAC